AUGAAAACCAGGAGUAUGAAGUCGACAGAGAUGGAACGGCCAUCAACAGAAGACCCACCGGUCACCAACACAGCAACUCCCGCAGUCGAGGCCGCCGCCGUCACAGAUAGAAUAGAUACAGCAGCCCCGCUGGUUACAGAACAGCUUGGUGGUGGUAGUACCGAAACAUCUACUACUACUGGGACCAGCUCGGGCACCACAACGACGACGACGGGCACAACAGACGAUACAGAUAGGACUACGGGGGAAUCCAACACAGAAGAUAGCGUACAGAACGAGACGUUACGACCUGGAUCGGUGGUCAGAGCCCCAUCAGCGCCACACUCUACAGCUUCAAAGAAACGGCGCCUAGCCUUACUUAAAGCAAAAGAGGAACUCCUGAAAAAAGAAGUCGAACUGGCAGCAGCACGCGUCGCUACGUUAGCCGAAGAAUCCGACGACGACACAGACAUAGAUAUAGCAAGUGUGAGCGACGUACGCACACGCACAAAGACGUGGGUGGACCAGCACUCAACGCUGGCCCCCCCGCUGCCCGCCAACAUAGCACCCUUAACUAUAACGGGUGAAUACAGAACCACAGUAGAAGAAAAACCGUCGCAAACUCAACACAGUCACGCCCCUCCCGCGACACCUAUAAACAAGGGGGCAAAACACAGCAUAGCGGCACCCACUACACAAGGUGGAUGCAUCUCAACUCCCGUCACGGCGGGAGAACAUGCGAUCGCCAAACAACCAUCGAUAGAAAUUACACAGUUAGCACAAGCGAUCACGUUAGCUGCGCGAUCAGCGUGUCCCACGCCUCGCAGCACCUUCGAGCUUCCAACAUACAGUGGAUCUCACACAGAAUGGCUGUCUUUCUACGCAGCCUACACAGCGACAGCUCCAUCCUACUCCGACCAGGAGAACUUAGUACGCCUGCGGAAGAGCCUGAAGGGAAUGGCGAAAGAAACGGUCGAAAGUCUUCUCAUGUACAACGCGAACCCCACCGACGUAAUGAAGACACUACAGCUUCGAUUCGGCCGCCCCGACGCUAUAGCUCACACCGAGCUCGAUCGCCUCCGAGCUCUACCGCGCCUCAGCGACUCAGCCAAAGAAGUAUGCGUAUUUGCGACGAGGGUAAAUAACAUUGUGGCUACACUACGCGCCCUCCGAAAACAACAGUACCUGUAUAACCCCGAGAUAACUAAGCUCACUAUAGACAAACUGACACCGACAAUACGCUAUAGAUGGUACGACUUCGCGGCUGAGCAACCAGAAGACGACGCCGACCUACUGAAACUCGCAAGGUUCCUCGAACGCGAGGCCGAACGCUGUGGACCUUACGCGCAACCAGAGCGCGACACAGCCUCAUCACAAACACAGCGGACAACACCCGGCGCCGUCCAAAUUCGAAAACAAACACAACAGCGUACUUACUCCACAACGGAAAAGGAUAAGACAGCGUGCCCCGUAUGCGACAAGACGGGACACACGGCGGUAAAAUGUCAACAAUUCACCGACGCGAAUACAGACAAACGAUGGGAAAUGGCAAAAAACAAGUCACUAUGUUUCCGAUGCCUCACUCGACGCACUCUCAAACAUGAGUGCAAAGCCCGAACAUGCAACACCAACCAGUGCAACCGCACUCAUCACCCUAUGCUACAUUUCCUGAAAAGAGAGGUCCCCGAAGAGAAAACAGAAACAGUCAGCACGGCAUGGACGACGAGAAGAACUCACACCUUCUUAAAAAUCCUCCCUGUCAAAGUCUCCGGUCCACAAGGCGAUGUCGACACCUUCGCCUUACUCGACGACGGGUCCACAGUCACCCUAGUCGACGCCGACAUCACCAACCAAGUCGGCAUAAAGGGACCGAGCGACCCGCUACGCAUAGAAGCCCUCUCAACCGACAUAGGAGUCAGGAAAUCACAGCGUGUAACACUCACGUUACACGGGACGACUAACACCUUCGACACGCAUGCCCGGACGAUAGAAAACCUACAGCUCUCACCGCAACGCAUCGAAAACGACGACCUCACCGAGUGCCACCACUUGUCCGACAUCGCUCAACAACUAGUCUACGAGGCGACACCGAAGAUACUAAUAGGACAGGACAACUGGGAGCUACUCCUCGCCACAGAAACAAGAAGAGGGGCGCGGCAUCAACCGGUCGCCUCCCUCACCCCUCUCGGCUGGGUGCUACACGGCGCACACACGCGCACUAUAGGACAUCGAAUCAACUACAUUACCGCACCCACACCCGAAGAUAGUAUGGACGAACAGCUCCGUCAGUACUUCGCCAUCGAGUCUCUCGCUAUAGAACAGAAAAGGCCACAAAGCGACCCCGAACAGCGUGCGCUCAACAUACUCGCCGAACGCACUACACGUCGCGACGACGGUCGUUACGUAACGUCGCUACUGUGGCAUACAGACAACGCGUCCAUGCCCGACAACUACAACAACGCGUACAACCGCCUACUGUCUACAGAAAAAAAGAUAGAUAAAGAUCCACUACUUAAACAGAAAUACAACGAACAGAUGGAAGCGCUUAUAGAAAAGGGCUACGCCGAGCCCGCUCCGAGUACCAAAACGACCAAUAGAACUUGGUACUUACCUCAUUUCCCCGUUCUCAACGCGAUGAAACCGGGAAAAGUACGCGUCGUACACGAUGCCGCAGCCAAAACGCAAGGUGUAUCACUCAAUGACUACCUGCUCACCGGUCCCGACUUACUACAGUCUCUACCGGGGGUACUCAUGCGCCUCCGCCAGCACAAGUACGCCGUGUCCGCCGACAUCAAGGAAAUGUUUAUGCAAGUCAAGAUACGUGAACAAGACCGGGACGCCCUCCGCUACCUCUGGCGAGGCGACAAUAGAGGCGACACGACUCCCCGAGAGUACCGCAUGACAUCACUCAUCUUCGGAGCAAAGUCAUCACCUGCGACAGCAAUCUACAUAAAGAAUAGCAACGCCGAGCGGCACAAAGUCACAGACCCGGACGCGUACGACGCAAUAGUCCGCAAUCACUACGUCGAUGAUUAUCUACAGAGCUUCGAGACAAUAGAACAGGCCGUAGCUACGUCGAACAGAGUACGCGAGAUACACAGCGAAGCACACUACGAGCUACGACAAUGGACCUCAAACUCGCAAGAGGUUCUCACAGCACUCUCGGAGCCAUCGACGACAACUCAGUCAGUCUCACUCGACGAAAACACGAAGACCGAACGUAUACUAGGUCUCAUCUGGAAGCCGUACAGCGACGAGUUAGCCUUCAACCUCGAUUUAGCACGUCUGCCACAAGACGUGCUAAACAGAAAACAACCCACCAAGCGUGAGGCGCUCAAAAUAGUCAUGUCAUUGUUCGACCCUCUCGGUCUCGCUUCGCCUGUCACAUCUAAGGCGAAACAGCUCCUUCAAGAAGUAUGGAGGAGAAACACCGAAUGGGACCAGCCGAUCGACACCGACCUCGCCGCACAGUGGACGGAGUGGAUAGAACAUCUCAAGAAGCUAACCCACGUCGCGAUACCCAGAUGUCACUUACACUACAGCGACGCUAGUAACAUGCAACUACAUGUUUUCGUCGACGCUAGUGAAACAGCCUUCGCCGCCGCGCUAUACUGGCGCAUACAGUCGCCGGAGGGACACGUGACUACAUCACUGGUCUUGGGGAAGGCCAAAGUCGCACCGCUCAAAGUCACGUCAAUCCCACGCCUCGAACUACAAGCGGCCGUCAUGGGCAGUCGUAUGGCCGCGACUGUAAUAGAAGAACACGACCGAAAACCAUCGUCAGUCACGUAUUGGUCCGAUAGCCGCACAGUACUCACCUGGCUAAAAACGGGCGCUCGCUCAUACAAACCAUAUGUCGCACAUCGAAUCGCGGCAAUAGAGGAGGUCAGCAAGCUAAACGAGUGGCGUUGGGUUCCAACUAAACUCAACGUCGCCGACGAUGCGACCCGCGACGUACCAAGUGACUUCGAUGUACAACACAGAUGGUUCAGAGGCCCGGAAUUCUUACGUGACGACCCGACUACGUGGCCUGCGGAGAAGCCACCACAUAUAGAAAACACCGGCGAAGAGAGACUGCACUAUACAACACACAGAAGUGUCACCACAACGACACUAACAACAGCGCUCCCGGACAGUAAUAGAUUUUAGAAAUGGGAACGCCUACUGCGAGCCACCGCUCGCGUCCUUCAGUUUAUAGCUCUAUGCCGCCGCGGCGCUGACGAGAAAGUCAACUACAAACGCACGGCGAAAGUCAGAGAAACAGACGGCACAUGGGGGCGAAAAUAUAGAACCGCCACGCCCCGGCCCACAAAACAGGGGGACGACAGCUACAGAAAAUUCAUCCCACUAGAUGCCCGAUAUAGCAAGGAGGCCGAAGCCCUCCUAGUACGCGCCAGUCAACAACAGUCGUUCAAGAGCGAAAUAGACACUCUGCAGAAAGGGGGCAACAUACCCCAUUCGAGCCGACUACGUCCUAUCGCGGUCGAACUAGUCAACGGCGUGAUUCAACUUAAAUCACGUAUAAGCGCGGCGACGGACAUAACAGCACAGACACGAGCGCCGGCGGUCAUCGACGGCGACAACCACGUAACAAAACUAUACGUGGAGUACAUACAUCGACGCCUACAUCACGCGAGCGUCGAAGCUACGAUCAACGAAUGCCGCCAGUACUACUGGAUCCUACGCUUGCGUCCAAUCGCACGCAUGCUCAUACAUAGAUGUCUGCCCUGCCGCAUACGACGGUCGACACCACCGCGACCACCGACGGGUAACCACCCGCCGACCCGACUAGCGCACCAUCAACGCCCUUUCACAUACACUGGGCUUGAUUACUUCGGCCCCCUCACAGUCACAGUGGGCAGAGGGACACAGAAGAGGUACGUCGCACUGUUCACGUGCCUCACAACACGCGCCGUACACCUAGAAAUCGCCGCCUCACUAACGACAGAUUCGGCGAUUAUGGCACUACGACGCAUGAUCGCGCGCCGUGGGUGCCCUAUAGAAAUUUGGUCCGACAAUGGGACGAAUCUACAAGGCGCCGACAAGGAGCUUCGCAAAACUAUAGACAGAGCAACAGAAGAAGAAGCCACACACAGAAAAAUCAGCUGGCGUUUCAUACCCCCCGCCGCCCCCUUCAUGGGCGGAGCAUGGGAACGCCUCGUGCGGAGCGUGAAAACGGCUCUAUACACCGUACUAGAACGAACGAGCCCGUCCGAAGAGGUCCUACACACCCUACUCGCCGAAGUGGAAUACACGGUCAACAGCCGUCCACUCACACACGUCUCCGUGGACCCCGCGGACCCAGAAGCACUCACUCCGAACCAUUUUUUGCUCGGCGGCACUGCCCGCGAGGGCCCGCCGGGCACUUUCGAUGACAGCGACUUAUCCAACAGAACCCAGUGGAGAGCCUCUCAACGACUCGCCGACCUAUUCUGGACUCGUUGGAUGCGAGAGUACCUCCCCGAGCUCCAAAACCGGCGGGAGCCACACGGCGAAGGAACGGUAAAAAUGGGUGACGUCGUGCUCAUUACCGACAACACGCUACCACGAAACGUGUGGCCCCGCGGAAUAAUCACCGCUACCUACCCUGGAACGGACAACAUAGUACGAGUCGUCGAUGUCAAGACGAAGGGGGGGACACUUAGAAGACCCGUCAAGAAAUUAUUGGUUCUCGCCGUCGAAGAAGACCACCCAGCAGCCGCCGCUCGCUCCCGCGAGCAGAAAAAUCCCACCCAUAGUGGUGGACCAGCUGCCGAACUGGCCGCACCACUUCCGCCAGCUGCGGGAGAUGUUGGGCCACGUCCCGAAUGCGCGCCCAGAGCUACGGGACUUUCCUGGUUCGCGUACGCCCCCCCGGCGGAGCGCUCGCUGAAGCUGGCGAUUCUCGGAUUGCCCACGGACACCAACCCCACCGACCUGGAGGAGGAGCUGCGCAACCGCGGCUUCUUCCCGGAAUACGUUCGGCCCAUCCAGGGCAAAAGAGGCUGCAUCUUCUUUGUGGAGAUCAAGAGGACCAAAGACUUCCACACCAUCUAUGAGACCACCGAGCUGCUGUGCAUGCCCGGUGUGAAAGUUGAGGCAUGGAGAGGACGCAAGGGGCCCUCCCAAUGCCACCGCUGCCAACAGUUUCGCCACAGCAGCGACAAUUGCCAUCGCCCGAUGGCCUGUGUUCGCUGUGGCGAAAGCCAUGCGGCCAAAGACUGCCUGCGACCCCGGGAGGUUCCAGCCACCUGCUGUAACUGCGGGGGGGGGACACCCGGCCAACAGCCCUUCUUGCCCGGUCAAGUUGCGCGAGCUGCGGAACACGAAGGCGGGAACCGCGCCUAUGACCACAGCAAGAAGAGCCCCACUGCCACCUCCACCCUCAACAGUGGACCCCAGCAGCGAGCCGACCGCGCGGAGCUCGCUUAUGGCCGCGGCGAACGGCCCAGACGGGCCCAAGCCGCGCAGGCCGAAGCGCAUCCGCGCGAGGGCAAAGCCUGCCCCUGCAGCCUCCAUCACUGUCGAGCCGCAGCCGACACCGACGCCGAACCAAGCGGUCGCCGCCCCUCCCAGGGGGGGGAAGAAGGCGAAGCCCCAAGUGGAGGAACCAUCGGCCCCAUUCAGUGA